UUGUCGGGCAUAUUUUCAUGAAUAAUUACUGUUUAAUGACGUCAAGCGGGGGCGGGAAAUGACGUCGUUCGCGAACCUGCCGCAGUCGCUCGCGUCUAGCUUGCCGUCGGCGUCGACGUCGUCGCCGGCGUCCGGCGCCCCAACAGGCCACUCGCCGCCUGAUCAGGACGACCCACUAGCGAUGACGCACAUCAUCUGCAACUUACUCGAGAACAUGAAUAAGCCCGGCCCCUCAACUUCCACCUCAUCGUCUGUACCUUACGACAUUUGGGCGCUGCCCUCCAGCAGUACCAUGCAGAACCCUGUGGGCUCAGGUCGCGAAUAUGCCGGUUCUACGAACAACAACAGUUCGAUGCAUCAUAAGGAGGACAACUCUAGUGGCUCACCGGGAACCUCAUCUUCAGUUUCUAUCACCUGUUUCCGCUGCGAGGAACGGACUCCCACCACACGCUGUCUCGAGUGCAACGAUCUCUUUUGUCACGAGUGCUGCCAUAAGAUGACUUCUGACUGCCAGCUUCGAGAGCACACGUUGCUGCCAAUACAUCAAAUAUCACCCAUCGGCAUGCGCCCCAAUUCUGUGAGCAACGAUAAGGACCUCGUGUACUGCGAAUUGCACGGAGAUCCCGUAAGGUUCUACUGCGAGGCUUGUAUUGUGUUCAUUUGCCAGGAAUGUACGCUCUGGGUUCACAAGGAUCACUGCUAUACGCCCAUCAAGGGUGCCCUUGACAUGUGCCGUGUCGGCGUCCUGAGGGCUAUAGAAGACACAAAAACUGGUACGAAAGCGAUAAAAACCGCUAUCGACCGGGCUGUCGCUAUGUCUAAAUCCUAUGAGAAGGAGACAGCUGAAGCGAAUAUGAAAAUAAGAAAAGCGAUGCGUUGCUAUGCUCAAGCAAUCGAGGAUCGUGAGAAGUAUUUAUUAGAAAAGGUCGAAAAAAUGCGUCAAGCAAAAGUGAACGAGUUGACUGAUCACAUGAAUACUCUACGAGGAAUCCUCGCUGGCUUGGCGCACACCAAUGAAACUUUAGUGCGAAGUAUGGAUUCGGAAGGAAUAGACCUGUUUAUGGCUAAAGAGAAAGGAAGAGCUCAAGUGGAUUAUUUCUCAUGUAUGUUCAAGAAUAUGUACGUAACUGAGGAGAGGAUCAUGUUUGUGCCGCCAAAUUACGAUCUGGUGGAUCAGUUGAAGAGACAAUGCGACGUACAGCCGGUACCUGCUAGCUCCAUCACUUCGAUCAACACGGCUUCGAUUUCGUCUCGUCAAUCGUUGAUGUCACUGCAGUCCCUGCAGUCUGGUCAGAGCUACUCACCAUCGCCACUAUCGUAUAACAUAUCGGUUCCCAAUAACCUUCGAUCAAUGCCUGAUUAUGGAGCCCAAUCUAGACCUCCGAAUUACUACGACCACGGCAUUCCAGCUUUGCCUCCUAUUCCUGCUAUUCCUGCUCUAGAAUCUAAUCCUGCUCGCGGCAUUGGUCAAGCGAUACCAGGUUAUUGGUUGUCAGUAACUGUGAAGCCCUCAAGAAGUCCAAUACCUGGCGUACCAAUGUUCUCCUUUGGCAGAGAGGGCCAGGACGAUGGCCAAGUCUCCAGACCGUGGGGUUUGUGCGUUGACCGAGAAGGUAAUAUUAUAGUUGCAGAUAGAAGAAACAAUCGCAUUCAAAUAUUUAACAGUAGAGGAGAAUUCAAGUCAAUGUUUGGUAGUAAGGGUACCGGAUCUGGAGAAUUCGAUCUUCCUGCGGGAAUAACUACGGAUAUCUAUGGUCGUAUUAUAGUCAUCGACAAGGAUAACCACAGGGUCCAGAUAUUUACAUCAUCUGGAAAUUUUAUCCUCAAGUUUGGGUCCUUCGGAAAAGAAUGUGGACAGUUCCAGUAUCCGUGGGAUGUAGCGGUAAAUACCCUCGGCAACAUCGUUGUAACCGACACCCGCAAUCAUCGCAUACAAUUGUUCACAAGCGACGGGACUUACAUCACAAAGUACGUUUUUGAGGGCGCCAACCCAGCAAAGAUGCUUAAAGGACCGACUACACCUAGAGGAGUUUGUUUCACGACAUCUGGCAAUAUCAUCGUGUCAGAUUUCGAGAACCACCGCCUGCUGAUGGUGGAUCCGACUCUGUCCAAAGUGUUGCAAUGUGUAGGUCGCGAAGGUUCCGGCAUUGGAGAACUGAACCGUCCCUCGGGUAUUGUGACUGACGACGACGGACGAAUCAUAAUCGCGGACUCAAAAAACCAUCGCGUAUUAGUGUUCACGUCAGAGUUGCGUAUCCUAUGGGCCGUAGACUUAAAGAGUCCAGGGCUGGACGACAAAGACCGGCCGAGCGACGUCGCGCUUACACCCGAGGGCUACCUCGUGGUGCUAUUCGAGACGUUGCCCGAUACCGCCCGCGACAUCUCCUCCCACGGCAAGCAGUAUAUCAAGGUAUAUUGAUUAUCUACUAUUUUAAUGUAUUAAGGCGUACCGACCGCGUGGGCCUAAGGUCCGUCGUAUUUUAGUUUAUUUCAUUUAAGUUGUGAUUUCUUUGAUAAUGUGCCAAUUUUAUUAUUAACGUUUGCGAAUAUUUGAAUCGAGCAUAGCUUGUGCGGAGAGUUGGAGUUUGCUCAUGUGCGCAAAUGAAAUUCUCCUUAAAUUCUUUUGAUGAGUUUUUCGUUACCAUAGUGUUUUGAUUUUAUUUCCUUAUUCGACUAGUCUUUAAGGACCAAACUUUAUUUUCAGUUUUAACUUACAGUGUAACUUAUCGAACUCUCAGUUUGGUAGCGUACAAUAUAGCAACCGGUAACGUAUAGUAGAAUAGCUCUAAAUCCAUAGUCAGCAGUAAUUGUAAUGUCGAUUAUAAAUCUGUCCAGUCCGAUACUCUUACAAUUUAUAUACCGCUAGUGAAAAAUACGAAUCGUGAAGAUUAAUAGUAUAAUGGAUCACAUUGUGAUGUAAAAGAUGUUUUUAUGUGAGAUAAUUUAAAAUGACUUCAAAAGUAUUUUUCCAAAAUGUUACUUUUUGCGUUUUUAACUUGGUUAGUCGAACGACGCAGACGUUGAGACGUAUUCUUAUGAUAAGUUAUUUUGCUUAUUGGUUUUAGGUAUAUUUUUAUGCGAUGUUGGCGUUCGGCCCGUGUUGAUCACUGGAUAGUUUAGGUAGUUUUAAUCGCUCGGCUAUUUUUUAUUCUCUGUUCCGUUUACGCUUCGUAAGGAGGAGAAGCAUAUUGAAAUUGAGCAAAGAAAUCAAUGCAAUAAAACUUUAAGACUGACUUUAGAAGACUGUCUUAAAGACACGUUGGCGUGGGCCCGGCCCUCGGCCGUUCGCCGGGUAACACACGUACGGCUGAUGCUAUAGGAGCUUCAUUACCAAAUUAGGCGUAAUAUUGGCUAACAGUCAUCGCUGGACCCCGUAGCGCAAGUUUCAAUGUGAAACGUUAGUUUUAAUUUCGUGACUGAUUAAAGGGUGUUUUUAGUUAAAAUUCGUAUUCUAUUGAAAUUAUUUCGACUGCCUGGCUACUUGAUCUAGUUAUGUUUAUUUUAAUGCAAUAUGAACUGAAUAAUAUUCUCAAACGUAGUUGUGUAGGGUGUAAGCGCGGAGAUGUUAACUUUAUUAUAAUUUUCUAACUUGUAGUACACUCAAAUAUCUAUAGGUAAUGCGUACCCAAGUUAGGUACCUAUGUUAAGACAGUAACCCAUAAUAACGUUGUGAGGAUGUCUUUUCAACUAGCUAAAUGAAUAGAUGUUCUAUAUUAUACCUGUGGAUAGUGUUUAUUAGGUAAUAUCGUGUGGCUCGUAUAAAAUCGAAAUUGUAUUGUAUUAGUUCAAAUAUUGUAGCGAAAUUUCCCUCUGAAACUUUACAAAUUGGUUGCAUAAUCUAUUAUUAAUGUAUUUUUAGACGUAGUGCCGUCGUAUUCGGCAUGAAGAAUGUGUUCAGUCAAUAUGUGUUCACUUUACUAUAUAUUUAAUGUAAGUUAAGUUGCGUGCUUGGGAGGAGGUGUUUCGGAGAUUGAGCAGUUUUAGUAGAAUAUUAUGAUAGUGCGUGUUAUGUAUGUUCGUUGUGGUUUGGCUUCGUGUACACGACUUUUGUAGCAAGUUCGCAUCUACGUAUAGAGUUAAGUGCAGUGCACCUAUCCGCUAUUUUCUUUAGCGGGAAAGUCCCUGCGUUACCUUAGGCAGUAGCAUGUUUAGUGACCUAUAAAACUACUUUUGAGUAACUUGUAAGAUGUUAUAAACAAAGCUGCUAUGACAGAUGUACUACGUGCGUACUUACCUUGUAAUAUUUAUACAUAUUUAAGUCUUGUAAAUAUGUAUAUUUCUAGUAAAUUUAUCGUGAACACAUGUUUAACCCCGCGUGUCUAUCUUGUCGUAGUUUAGCGCAUAAUUUCAAAAUAACCACAUUUAUAUGAUAUACUAAUUAUCCUCUUGUGUAUAUUCGGAUCGCUUCACAGUACCUACUACGUAUUAAUUAUAUAAAUAAAUAGAUAGAUAUAUAUUUUUAUACGUCACUAAGAAAUGCUUGUAUCUGCUUUGUGUAGGUGUGGUACUGUUAUGUCGUAGUUAUAUAAUUCAGAGUAAGAUGCUUCUAAAUACAUUAA